CACGGACAGCAUGAGGUCCAGUGGGCUGCAGAUGAGUUUACUACUGAUAACACUACUGUUUGGCUUCUGUUGUUUGGUCACAGUAACAGCCGGUGAAGUAGGAGAGACAUCUUCAGCUCAGGAUGAAGCUACAGGUGGAGUCUCUGCUCACUCCGCAUAUAUGGAAAAAAUCUAUGGCUUUUUGAGCUGCCUGGUGGCCGUGCUGCUGUAUGGGAGUAACUUUGUCCCUGUUAAAAAAGUGGACACUGGAGACGGAAUGUUUUUCCAGUGGAUUUCCUGUGCUGCUAUAUGGGUGGUGGGCUUGGUGGGGGACACACUGCUUCGCUCUUCUAAAGCUCAUCCAGCCGCCAUGCUGGGAGGAGUCAUUUGGGCCACUGGAAAUAUUACGUCUGUGCCAGUGGUGAAGUGUAUUGGCCUUGGGCUCGGGAUGCUGCUUUGGGGAGCCAGUGGAUUGUUAAUAGGCUGGGCAAGUUCAAGGUUUGGUCUGUUUGGACUGGAUCCUGAGGAAGUCUCUAAGCCGGUGCUGAACUACUGCGGGGCUGGCCUCUGUUUACUCAGUGCUGUCAUUUUCUUCUUCGUGAAAAGUGAUGUGCACAAUCCUACGUCACCCGAAACAACGCCAAUACUGAUAGAAGAGAGGUCACUUUCUGACAUCCCUCUUCCCAGUGACUCAUGGGUGGACACAAUAUCACCAAAGACCAAAAGGCCACUUGGCUGUAUUAUUGCUGUCCUGUCAGGCCUGCUGUUUGGUUCUGCAUUUGUGCCCAUGCUUUACAUUAAACACCACGCUACGAGCAACAGCAGCAUGUUCACUGGAUCUAGUCAGAAUGAUUUAGAUUACUGUUUUGCCCAGAGCAGUGGGAUUUUCCUCGCGAGCACAGUGUACUUCACUAUCUACUGCGCUGCCAUGAAGAACAGGCCGCGGAUUUACCCCCGAGCCAUCUUGCCAGGGUUUUUAACAGGUGUAAUGUGGGGGGUGGGCACGUAUUGCUGGCUCCUGGCUAAUCGGUUCCUCGGCCCUGUGGUGACCUUCCCUAUAGUUACUGCUGGUUAUGGUUUAGUGGCUGCUCUGUGGGGAACUGUGGUCUUUAAGGAAGUCAAAGGCCUCGGGAACGGCCUGCUGUUUGUUUUGGCCUCUUGUGUGGUGCUGACCGGCUCUCUCCUUACGGCCUUCUCAAAAAUCUGAGAAGCACCAAUG